AUGUCUAUUAAUAUUGGAGAUAAAGCUAGAGAAGUACUUGCUGCUCAGGCACACAUAUGGAACCAUACAUUCAGUUACAUCAACUCCAUGUCACUCAAAUGUGCAAUUCAACUUGGAAUUCCAGAUAUCAUCCAUAGUCAUGGCCGAGCCAUGACCCUCUCAGAAUUGGUGAAUGCCCUCCCAAUCUUUGAAUAUGCCGAGAAGGAAUCCGGGUUUAACUGUCUAUUUAAUGAAGCGAUGGCUAGUGAUGCCCCAUUGAUUAUAAGUAUAAUGAUUGAACAUUGUAAGGAAGUUUUUGAAGGAUUGAAAUCAAUUGUGGACGUAGGAGGCGGCACUGGAACCACGGCUAAAGCUAUUGCGGACGCAUUUCCAAAAGUAAAUUGCAUUGUGUUAGAUUUGCCACAUGCGGGCUCCUGA